GUUCUUUCAAAAAUAAAUAAUGAACGAUUUUCGAGUUACUAAACCAAAGUUCUUUGCAACAACAAAGAAAGGUGAAAAUUAUGAGCUUCGUGCUGACCUUAACAGUGAAUAUCGCGAUCGUCGGAAAGAUGCAAUCAAAAAAGUCAUAGCGAACAUGACCGUUGGGAAGGAUGUUUCGGGUUUAUUCCCGGAAGUCUUGAAAAAUAUGCAAACCGAGGAUUUGGAACAAAAGAAAUUAGUGUAUUUGUACUUGAUGAAUUAUGCCAAAACUCAGCCAGAGCUGGUAAUUUUAGCGGUUAAUACGUUUGUAAAGGAUACUGAUGAUAUCAAUCCAUUGAUAAGGGCAUUAGCUAUUCGUACAAUGGGAUGUAUCCGUGUAGAAAAGAUAAUCGAUUAUCUCUGUGAGCCCUUAAGGAAAUGCCUAAAAGAUGAUAAUCCUUAUGUCCGAAAAACUGCUGCGAUAUGUGUAGCAAAAUUAUAUGAUUUAAAUCCAGAAUUAGCCACUGAAAAUGGAUUUGUUGCUGUUUUACAAGACAUGGUUUCGGACGCGAAUCCUAUGGUGGUAGCAAACGCCGUAACAGCACUUGCAGAAAUAAAUGAAGCAUCUACAACUAAAGAUAUUUUUGUUAUUAAUACACCGACACUUACAAAACUUUUGGUAGCAUUAAAUGAAUGCACAGAAUGGGGUCGUAUAGCAAUUUUAACAGCAUUGGCAGAUUAUCGACCUUCGGAUUCAAAAGAGGCUGAACAUAUUGUUGAACGUGUAAUUCCACAAUUUCAACAUGUUAAUGGAAGUGUAGUUUUAUCCGCAAUUAAGGUUGUAAUGAUUUAUAUGAGAAUUAUCAAAACUGAUGAGAUGUUACGUCAAUUAGUUAGAAAGAUGGCACCACCAUUAGUCACGUUGCUGGCAUCUGCACCAGAAGUUCAAUACGUUGCACUACGAAACAUUAAUCUUAUUUUGCAAAAACGUUCUGAUAUUUUACAAAAUGAAAUAAGAGUUUUCUUUUGUAAAUAUAAUGAUCCACCAUAUGUGAAAUUGGAAAAACUUGAAAUUAUGAUCAAACUAGCUAAUGAUAAAAAUGUCGAUCAACUUUUAUCAGAACUAAAAGAAUAUGCAUCCGAAGUUGAUGUGGAUUUCGUUAGAAAAUCUGUUCGUGCAAUUGGACAAUGUGCAAUAAAAAUUGAUGAAGCGUCUGAAAGAUGUAUUAAUGUUUUAUUGGACUUAAUAAAUACCAAAGUGAAUUAUGUGGUUCAGGAGGCUAUUAUUGUUAUUAAGGAUAUUUUCCGAAAAUAUCCAAACAAUUACGAAGGAAUUAUUCCUACACUGUGUCAGAAUUUAGAAGUUUUAGAUGAACCAGAAGCCAAGGCAUCACUUAUUUGGAUCAUCGGAGAAUAUGCUGAGAGAAUAGAAAAUGCGGACGAAUUACUUGUUACGUUUUUAGAUACUUUUAGAGAUGAAAAUUCUCAGGUUCAAUUACAGUUAGUUACUGCGACCGUUAAAUUAUUUCUUAAAAAGCCACAGGCAACACAAAAUAUUGUUUGGCGGUUACUACAAAUUGCUACUUCAGAAUGUGAUAAUCCAGAUAUCCGAGAUCGUGCAUAUGUUUACUGGAGAUUACUUUCUACAGACCCCCAAGCUGCCAAGGCCGUUGUUUUAUCAGACAGACCAGUAAUAUCUGUACAGGGUAACACUUUGAGUGGUCCACUGCUAGAAGAACUUAUUAAUAAUAUUUCGACUCUUGCAAGUGUGUACCAUAAACCUCCAGAAACAUUCCUUGGAAGAGGAAGAUUUGGUGCAGACGCUGUACAACGGCGAGCUAUUGAGGAGCAAGAAGAAGCUUCUCGAGAAUCACCUAUUCAAGCUCAAGUUAAAACUAAUAUUGAGAACUUAUUGGAUCUUGAUUUUAACGAUAAUUCUGCAACGCCAACAUCUAAUACACCUCCUUCCUCAUCUAAAUCAACAAACGCUACUGCAAAUGUAGAUGAUUUGUUGGAUUUGUUUGGUGGUAGUAACAUGAAUAAUGAUCUAUCUACUCCACUUCAAUCAUCCUCAUCAAAUAAUCAUCAAAAUAAUGGAUUAACAAAUGAUUUGGUUAGUUUAUUCUAAUAAAUAAAUAUUUAAAAGUCACAUUUUAAUAUUGUAAUUUAGUCAAUAAAUUAGAUAUUAAUAUUUCCAUAAGAAAUUAUGGAAUCGUUUUUAUUUGAUUACGCAUAUAGAAUAUUAUUUGAUAUUAUUUUACUACAUAUUUUGUGCGAUCUGGAAAGUAGAUUUUAAAAUAAAGAAUUAUAAUUAUUUAAAUUAUUU